GUAGCGUAGGUAUUGGCCAACUUUAUCUUCAACUGCUCCGUCUCUCCCUCUCCCUCUCCCUCUCCUGCUGCAAUUCUUCUCUGUCCUCUAAAGUCUAAACCCUCUCUUCUCUGCUCUGCCACCCACCCUAGUUUUUCGUAAGGCAGAAGAUUCGGGCGGCGGGGGCCUAAUUACGAUGGAGAAGCUUCUCUGUUAUAACCCGAUUCCAUCUAAAUUUCACCUUAAACGCAUCACUUUCCUCCCCCAACCCCCCCGACUCAGCACCACCAUUCCCGCCGCCCAUUUCAACAGACUGACUUACUUCCUCCCCGACUCUUCCCGGGUCAACUCGUUUUCCUGCAACUACCAACACUCAUCUUCUAAUUCUUUCGCUAUUUCUUCGAAAUCUGCUGACACUGCCGACCAUUGUACCCAUAAUCUGUCUUCUGCAUCUGUUGAUAGGCCAGAUGGGUCGACGGAGAAAGUCAACUUUUUUAGAAAAGAUGUCAAAUCGCUACCACAGCAACAAAAGGUCAUUGCUGCUGGGACCGUGAUGUUACUCUCUGCCAUCUGUAUGACAGUGAUCCAUCCAAUGGUUGCAUCACCUGCUUUUGCCAGCUUUCAGAGUGCAGCCAAGGCUGGAGGUCCAACUGCAGCUGCAGUUGGUAGGCAGCUCCUUAAAAAUGAGCUGGUAAACAGCGCCUGGACUGGCUUCUUAGCUGGUUGCUUGCAUACAUUAUCAGGUCCUGAUCACCUUGCUGCUUUGGCUCCCCUUUCAAUUGGGCGCACACGGAUUGAAAGUGCUGCAGUCGGAGCUCUUUGGGGAUGCGGCCAUGAUGCUGGACAGGUAAUCUUUGGUUUAAUGUUUUUACUUCUAAAGGAUCGGCUCCACAUUGAGAUCAUCCGGACUUGGGGCACGAGAGUGGUUGGGUUUACCCUAAUGGUUAUUGGUGCUAUGGGGAUCAGGGAAGCUUCAGAAGUACCUGCCCCAUGCGUGGCCCUUGAAAAUGGUGAGUGUGAUGUUAGCAUCUAUGAAGGCCUUGAAAAUCCAACGAUUGGAAAGAAGAAGAUUGGAUUGGCGACUUUUGCUACAGGAAUUGUCCAUGGGCUGCAACCGGAUGCAUUGAUGAUGAUCUUGCCCGCACUUGCUUUGCCUUCUAGGGUGGCAGGUGCUGCAUUUUUGCUGAUGUUCUUGGUCGGGACUGUUGUUGCUAUGGGAAGUUACACGGUUGUUAUUGGAUCAUGUAGUGAGGCAUUAAAGGAUCGUGUUCCUAGAAUAACAGAGAAACUCACUUGGGCUUCAUCUCUUGUAGCAAUUGCUUUAGGGCUGGCAAUUCUGAUCAGCCAAUUUUUUGGGUUUAGCCUCUAUUAAUUAAUAGAUGUCUGGUGUUUGAUUAGUUGUCCUUGAAAUUAGGAAAAAGAUUUUGAGAUGAAUGGAUGUGUUAAUUGAAAGCAAGAAUCCGUGAUUGUAGCAUACUAUCUACUAUUUUCUUUUUGUUCGUUAAAAAGCUUGCAAGAGUUUAU